AUAGAAGAAUCUACAAUGGAAAACUUGUAUAGUGAUGAGUUUGAUUCUUUAUCUGAUAAUAACAACGAAGAAAGAAAUAGCAGCGAUGAAGAAUUAGCUUCGACAUCAACAUCUACCUCAAAAUUAAGUAGUAUUAGAACAAAAAAAAAAAGGAAAUCAGGAAGUUUCGUAUGGCAAUUUUUUAAAAAAUAUGUUUCAACAGUUUCAUCAGAUAAUCAAGAAGAAGCUGAAAAAGUUCAAUCGGAAACGAUGAGUUCUUUUCUUCCUUCAGAUGAUGAAUUUGAAUUAUUAAAUGAACUUAUUAUAAUCCUUUCUCCUUUCGAUGAGGCAACGCAAUUUUUAAGUGGAUCCAAAUACCCAACACUUGGCUUUAUGACACCAAUGUUGGAAGAACUCACUCGCCGGCUCAGGCAAUUUACUGGACAAAUUUAUAAAGCAAUUCUUGUGAAAGAUACGAUCUUAAAUAACUUAGUUGAACGUUGGGGAGAUCCAAGUGAGAUAGGAUUUGAUUUACGCCGCACAACAAUCCAAAUUAUGCGUCAUCAAUUUAAUGAACUAAUACAAACUACUAAUGAUAACACCACACAAACCACUAAUGAUAAUAUAACCUUAACAUCACCUCAACGUAAAAAACCUAAAAUGGCAGUAUUUUUUUCUUAUUCACGAACAGAAAGCACUAAUGCUGUACCUGAUGAAUUUGACCG